AUGCUCUUAAAGCCGACCUCUACCUUCACCGGUGAAGUCUAUCUAGAUUUAAUCUUGAUGGAAUCGACCGCCGCGCUAGCGAGAAACACUUUCACACCGUGUACCACUCACCGGCACGGCGCCGAUGAUGGCUCUAACAUGAUCCACUUUGUCGUGAGCAUUGGCGAGGCCAAAUGGAAUGAGCAAGUCACCGAUGAAGAAUACAAAAAGCGAGGGGAAAAUUGA